AUCCUUGGCGUUAAGUCCUAUAUACAAUGAUUAUUUUCAAACGUCGGAAAAUAGCCUCCAUUUUGAUAGUUUCACUCCUCUGCCUCAUUUCGCUGAAAUUCAAAUCCUCAAUUCUUGACAAAUAUUUCGGAGUUAGUCUCAGAUUCGUGGGAAAAAGUUUAAUAGUGCAAAAUGUGUCAGCAAUUGAUAGCAGUUUUCAGAAUAUCCAUUCCACUCCAAUGUCUGUAAUAAAUGUACUCACUACAAAAAUCUGGAAGUAUUUGCGGGAGCCUCAUUCAUACAGUCCUUUUCCAGAACCAGUAGAUAGGCACUACUCUCAGGCGGGACAGGACAUAGCUGUAUAUAACAUAUUCCCAAAAAAGAACGGAUUUUUCAUUGAAAUGGGGGCUUAUGAUGGCAAAGUUCAUUCCAAUACACUUUGGUUGGAAAGAAAGCAUAAUUGGACAGGGUUGCUUAUAGAAGGGAAUCCCGUGUCAUGUCCGCUCAUAGACCGUGUAAAACGCAACGCCUGGCGCCUGUGUGCAUGCGUGGCACAUGAAAAUGAAACAAUAUUCAUAGAAGAAGAGGAGCUUGGCGGUUCUGAAAAAGACAUGGCGAAAAGUCAUCUUAUUCAUUUGAAAGGAAACAAAAGGACCAGAGUACCUUGUUUUCAGCUAUUUGACGUAUUACAAUUAAUCGGUGUUUUCCAUAUUAAUUACUUUUCUUUGGAUGUAGAGGGCGGAGAAAUGGUAGUGCUAAACAGCAUGAGAGAACAGUUGAUAUCUAGACGUAUAGUCGUUGACGUUUGGACCAUUGAAUAUCGAUCUUGGGCAGGAGAGAGCUUUGACUGGCCUAAAGGAAAGGAACAUUUGUUAAAUAUUCGAGCUUUUUUCAAAGAAAUUGGAGGAUACGUUGAGCAUUCACAAUUGGCUUACGAGACACAUAAUCUAGAAGAUGGUUACUAUCUGGAUGUUGUAUUUGUUUAUAUAGAGACGUGGUGUAAAGGUCAUAGUUCACUUCCGGAUGGUAAAACAAAGUGUUGAUCAGUUCCUAAUUAAAACACGUCAUGUGUUUCACAACGUUGUUAAGUAUUUUACUGUUCUUUAGAAAACAUUGUUAUUUUCUAGGUUCAUCAACUUUUGUAAGAGAAAAGACUUAAAUUAAAUUUGGUAAGUGUUGUUCAUUAUCGACAGAGGCUAAAUCAUAAACAUUUUGUGCAAAAAACAAUGUACCUUUUUCAUAAGAAUUAAUGGUAAGAAAGCAGUGAAGCAGUAACAUAUUCAAUUUUCUCCAGUAUUUUUCUUUUGACUACUUUUCAUAGACGCACAUUACCAGUUUUGGAAUUGAUUGUUUAAACUCAUUACACCUAAGACUAUUUAUUUCAUUUGAACUCCGAUGGAUGUUUGUGAUUUUACUUCAAGUUGUUAUACCUUUUUUUCUUUCAAUUUACAAAUUCAGAAAAUAUAAUGUUAUAGUUGGAAAUCCUUUUUUCUGUAUACGUCAACUAGCUGUUGCUGUCACUCUAAAGCGCUAGCAAAUACUUCCUUUUUUUUACUGGAAUACUCAUGCUCGAACUCACGGAAGGACAUUGUGAAAAAAAUACCAUGUCAGUUUUGCAUUUUGUAUCUGAAAUUACAUAUUAUCUAAAGUUCCAUGCUUUGUAUGUAACCUGUACAAAAAGUACCAGCAAUUUAUGCUCUUUCGUACGUCGACUGUA